AUGAUCUCACUGGCUGUCCGUCAUGUGACCCUCCGCCCUCCCCUCCUCUCGCUCAUCUACUCCCGUCGUUCAGCCGUGGCCCAUCGCGGCGUAUUCUUGAUUCUCCCCUAUUCUCUCCCCUCCAACACCUCUUCUGUUUGGUGUAAUCCGCACACUACCCCCAUUCCCUUCUCUCCCCCCAGCUGUUUGCGGCUAUCGCCGAUCGGCGGCUGCGUCUCCGUCUCCGGCUUUCCCCAUAGCGUCGUCUCCGGUGAAUCGCUGUCGACUGGACCGGUACCCCCAGCGCAUCGCAACCCGUCAAUAACGUCAGUGAUCAGGCUCAACGAAAGCUGGUCGCUAUUUGAAGAUGAAGGUUCGUCUUUCCCCAUCCCAUCCAUGCCCUGGCUUGCGCCGGUCGCGCCGUUCCUGCCACUCCCAGAGUUUGAGGAUAUCACCAGCUCCCUCAACUUCCAAACAGCCGACUGUCAUAUCGUGGGUGGAUGCGAUCUGUACACAACGAAAGCAGCGCGCUCCGAUCGCAAGCUGUACAAGAACAUCGAACAGUCGCUCGAAGCCCAGUACGAAUCGGUCCUACGACUAUCCGCCUCCCUAUCUCCCCCAAACGCGUCCGAUGCUGCCGUGACAUUGAAUCUCUCACGUUCGAGUCCAUUUGGCCCCCUGAGUGAACAUUCAAGUCGUCGCACGUUUGCCUACCUGAUCGCCACGCUCAACGCAAGCCAUCCGGACUAUGACUUCUCCCAUGUGCUGCGCCCGAGUGAUUUUCGUCGCGAGCGACAUUUGAAACGGGUGAUGAAUACGGUCGAUUCCACACUGUCCAACCUACGGCCCCGUGAGACCAUCGAUCUCUCCCCUUCAUCGCCGCCAGCGACCCUCAGUGGAUCAUACAACGCGGCCGCAUCUCCGGCUUGGGGCCCACGGAUGUGGCGGAUCAUGGACGACCAGAUGUCGCUUGGAGAAUGCUCCGUCUACUCGUAUUCACCGGAGGAAGACCCCUCCGUUGCGGAUGACGGCGCGAUCUGGAGCCUGCACUACUUCUUCUUCAACCCCAUGCGCAAGCGUGUCUGCUACAUGUAUCUGCGCGCGAUCCCGAUUCUGAGCCAUACGCCCCCAGACGAGGCUGCCACAACGCCCACAGGGAAGCGGACGUUUGACGACGGUUAUCUGACCCCUGACCUGGGGUCGAGCAAGCGCGCGCGGUAUUGGCUGGGUGAUCGCGUGGAUUCAACAUUCCAAGCCAGCGACAGCGAGGGCGAUGAUGAGGAAGAUAUUGCCCAUUCAUCGAAUGCGAUGCGCCCUGUCGUGGACGAUUAUGACCACUAUAUGCUGAGUGAUGAAGAGGUUCGCUCCCGGUCUGGUAGUAAGGGUACGGUGCGGGCCAUGAGCGAGGAGAUUGCCGAUUCCAUGGAGGUCUGA